AAGAAUAUAAAACCUUAAAAAUUAAAACUUGUUCUUCUGAUAACCUUACUAAUAAUUAUUGUGGUAUUUAUGUUAGAAGAUUGCUCCAAGAGUCCUCUCGGUUGUGAGGACCAGAUAUAUCUGCCAGUCUGUCCAGGGGGCAGGUUUUUUAGGUUAAACCCAAACUCCAAGUGGAUAUUAUAUGGCCAGAAAUUAAUUAUGAUGUUCAGAUCCACCUCACAGAUUGAAACACAGCAGAUAAUCAGAGAUGUGAAGUAACUAGUUAUAUUUACAAUAGCAGAAUUUGCACAAAGCUAUAGAUCUCAUCUGAUAUUUUAAAAUAUUAAAUCUGAGGUGUUGUUACACAAUACUUAGGUAGUUUUUUUUACAAAACACUUUUUUACUCUUACUUUUUUAAGUUUGCAGAGUACACUUGAACCAGAAUACCUGAGUGAUCUAGAAGAUUGAUACAAUAGCAGAUUUUGGUUCUAAGCCAUUCAGUGCGUCAUAAACUAACAGAAGUAUUUUAAAGUCUAUCCUCUGAGCUGCAGGGAGCCAGUUAAGGACUCUGGAACUGGGGUGAUGUGCCCUGUCUUCCUGGUUCUAGUGAGAACAUGAGCAGCAGCGUUCUGCAGACAGACCUGUAAAGGGAAUGUUGCAGUACUGAAUUCAACUGAAGAUAAAGAACAUGGAUGAGUUUCUCAACAUGAAGAACAGUAAUCCUAAAACUGUUCUUCAAGUUGAAAAUAACAGUUACACUAAUUCAGUGAAGCUUUCAUUUCUCAGCAAGUUCCUGGGCUUUCUGUUAGAAAUAGUUUAUUAUGAGCGAAUUUCCCUCUGAGUCACUGGGAUGGCUUCUUAAGCCUUCUUUUCCUGCUCUGGGAGUGAAUGAAUGAAAACAGUGGUUCUGUUCACAUACUGCUGCUGCUGAUGGUUCUGGUUUCAGUUCUCUGAGGCUUCAGUGACAGAUUCCAAGCUGCCCGUCCCCCUUUCCCAACCUCUACUGGGUUGGCUGGUUAAAUUGGCGAGGAUUAGUGGGCGUGAGCAUUGCGUGUGUGUGUGUGUGUGUGUCUGGUUGCUCCUAGGGCGCAUGCGAACUGAGGCCCAAAAGGGAAAGCCUUCAUCAGAGAUCUAAGCCAGCUGCACUGCUUCAACUGCAAGAAGAGAGUUGAACUGAAGGGAUCUGCAUGCAAACCCUUCUGCAUGUACGCCAGAGAGGCAGCCAGCUCUACAGGCAGCAGAUCAAACUGCUACAACUAUGAGAAAUGAAUGAUUCCAAUCAGAUUGAUCCCUCUAGAUUCUCAGGCCUUAAAGGGCACUUUCCGCCCUGACAGGGGGCUUCUCAGGAGUACUGACCUCUGAGGUUAAGUGGAAUCAGUCUGUGUGAAGGGCUGCGGAGAAGGGGAGGAGGGAGAAGUUUGUGGGAGGUGGGAGGCCACGGCGGGGCUCCUGCACUUCUCAAGAAGGAGACGAAGCAGUUGUCAGGAAGCAGCUUGAAAGGAGGAGAUGGCCACGGGAGAAAUCACAACUCUUCCCGCUGUACCUGAGGACGGCGCCAGUGGUGGCUUUCCUCCUGGGAGCUUCAAGGACCCCAAGAGGCUGUACUGUAAAAACGGAGGCUUUUUUCUGAGAAUUAAACCCGACGGAGGUGUGGAUGGAAUCCGGGAGAAAAGCGACCCUCACAUAAAGCUUCAGCUACAGGCGACCUCAGUGGGAGAGGUGAUCAUCAAAGGAGUUUGUGCAAACCGUUAUCUGGCGAUGAACAGAGAUGGACGGCUGUUUGGAGCAAGACGACCAACAGACGAGUGUUACUUCCUUGAGAGACUUGAGAGCAACAACUACAACACCUACCGCUCCAGGAAGUACCCAAACAUGUACGUGGCGCUGAAGAGGACUGGCCAGUACAAGUCCGGGAGCAAAACCGGACCGGGUCAGAAGGCCAUUCUCUUUCUACCAAUGUCGGCAAAGUGCUAACCGGGUGUCAGACAGAGAGAGAGCAACGUCUUUGGGACGAUGUGAAGCCAAUGACCGCAGUGUUGGAUUGGCUUUGCUUAAAACAGCUGUGACGAUCUAACUACUUCCUCUGGAACGUGUGAUUAAUUCAGCUUUAAAUCCAAACGCUACCACAUAUUUAAAUGCAUUGCUCCAGGUUUAGUCCACAGAGAGCAGCUAUUCAGCAACUAGAGCCAAAAAACAGGAACACUUCCAGACUGUUACAUUUUCACAUUUAAUAGAUAAAAAUUAGCUUUUAAAGCCGUCUUUUGUCUAUGUAACAGAAUUUGUUCAAAAUCAGAGUCAGCUUAACUGAUUUAAAUUUGAAAGAAAGUAUUAAAUUAAAUAUUUAAUACUUUGUAUAGUAAAUAAUGCAUUUUAUAUCAACCACCACAAUGUGCUUCAGCAGCAGUAACAAAACCUAAUCCUGAGAUGGGCUGAAACGAUUAAUCCGAUUAAUCGUCAUUAAUCGAUUUUUGAAACAAUUGUCAAUUAAUUCAGUAAUCAAUUAAUGGCACACCAACUCAAAAAAAAGGCCAUUUGCU